CAAAAAAAUCUGAAUUCUUCUUUUCUGAUUUCUCCCUUCUUCCAAUUCCCCCAAAAAAAUCUACCCUUAACCCAGCCGCCGCCUCACAUCUAUCGUACGCCCAGAGGUCCGGCGACACCCCCGAAACCGAACAUGGAAGCCGCCGGCGGGAAUCUCGAUCUCAGUGACACCGCCAAUUCCGCUCUUGUCGAUUCCUUCUGCGAGAUCACCUCCUCCACCAGGCAGGAAGCCGCUUUCUUCCUCGAGAGCCACCAAUGGGAUCUCGACGCCGCCGUCUCCACCUUCCUCGACAACGAUAACGCCGCUGUCGCUGUCGCCCCUUCUUCUGCUGUUCCUGCUGCUCCUCCGACUGGCGGUGGUGGCGGCGGCGGCACUCCUUCUCCCACUGAUUCGCCGGACGAAUCGAUGUCUCCUAACUAUUCCCCCUCUCAGUCUCCUGCUAGGUCUAGGUCACGAUCCCGCUCCCUGUCCCCUGCUCCCGCCACUAUGUCUAGGUUGCCUUACCAGCUGAGGCAGAGAGGGGAGAAGAAGAAUAAGAAGACUGGUACGGCCGGGGCUAGUGGGAGUGGGAAUCGUGGUGGAAUUAGGACUUUGGCUGAUCUCAACCGGACCCCUGGCGGUUCUGACAGCGAUGAUGACGACGACGAGCCGCAGGAGUAUUACACCGGCGGCGAGAAGAGCGGCAUGCUAGUCCAAGAUCCUACAAGGCGCUAUGAUGCCGAUUCCAUUUUCGACCAGGCUAGAAACUCAGGAGCUGUUCAAAGGCCUGAGGAUUCUUCUGCUCGGUCUUCUUCGGCUUCCAGAAGCUUUACUGGAACUGGGAGACUACUCACUGGGGAGACAGUUCCUACUUCUGUACAGCCUCCUGAGUCUGUCAAUCAUACCAUCACUCUCUGGAGGAAUGGCUUCACUGUCAAUGAUGGACCUUUGAGGAGGCUGAAUGAUCCUGCUAAUGCUGACUUCCUUGAGGUAAAUGCUUAUGAACCAUAUGUUCUUGCCACAUUCUGUUGUGGUUGCAUUAUUGUGAAUACUCUGUAGUGCUUGAUCUCGUUCUUUAGCUUCCCCACAAGUCUACCAGCUGGUUCAAAGUUUCCAGAUUGCUUCUGCCAUGUAUUCAGUUCAUGUUCACAGGUCUUUUGGUUGGGUUUGGCGGGUUAAAAUCUGCUUAUGUCUCAUGCAUUAAAGCGUAUAAACAAUACACGCAAGAAAAAUUGGUUUCGAGCGUGUUCCUUCACGUUUCCGAAGCAAUUGUCUAUACAAAUGCACUAAAUUGAACAAUAGUUUUCGGCAAAUAUUAACAUGCAAAAUAAAAAACCAUGUGAUUGAGACAAAUAUCAUUCCAAAGAGAAUGGUUCUGUGUUGCUGGCAUAUAGCCCGCUUGAGAAGCUGUUGUCUGUAUCUCUGUCUUGCCUUGUAUGUGAAGUUGGAAUCUUCCAAUGGAAAGAUACGAUGUUGCAUCUGUGGAAGAUAUUAUUGCCCUUAUGUUGCUACUCGUCUAUACCAUAUUGCAGAGUGUUCAGAGGUCUGAGUGUCCAAGAGAGCUGGAACCAGCAGACAGGAGAACUAAAGUCCAUCUCGCCCUUGUGAGACGGGAUGAAAACUACGCAGAACCAGCAAAGAAGAAACCAGUCUUCCAAGGCGUGGGCAGAACUCUGGGAACUACGGGUGAUGGUGGAGCCUCAGCAUCAGAGUCACCAGCAGCCCCACCGUUGAAGUCUGCUCCAGCUCCCUCAGUCGGUCUCACCGUAGAUUCUUCAUCACCAACAACAUCGAUUCAGCUCAGGUUGGCAGAUGGGACCCGGAUGGUGUCCCGGUUCAACCUCCACCACACCAUAAGAGAUGUGCGUGCUUUCAUUGUGGCAUCGAGACCUGGUGAAGGUCAAGAUUUCCAGCUGCAGACAAUGGGGUUUCCUCCCAGACAGCUCACUGAUCCUGAUCAGACGAUAAAGGACGCUGAGAUCGCGAAUUCGGUCGUGAUGCAGAAAUUCUAGAUCAGAUUACACUGGUAAGCUCAUUGCUAGGCCAGUGGCAUUGUUAGCUAAGACGAUUCGUGUUUCCGUUUCUCAACUGUUAUUAUUGUCGAAUGGAUUCAGGCUAUGUGUAGGAAGAUUGUCAAUCACACUAUUUAUUCAAAUCAAUUUGAAUUAGCUUGAAGAGUUUCUUUUAUAUAUUUCUUUUUUUUUGGGUUGGAAAACGGAGCAGUUAAAGAGCGCCCAACCUUUAUGCAUUAAUAAGACGGGGUGUUUCCACUCCAAUUAUGUCAAAGUACAA